AUGGAGAAAGAAGAAAAGCUCAGUUACUUUAUGCAGAGGAGGGAUAGUCAUGGUUCUUGGAGUCUACAGUUCAGAAGACCUCUGUUUUCUUGGGAAGUAGAGGAGGUAGGAAAGCUGCAACAGUUAACUAAGGAUAUCCCCAAGUUGAAUGACAAUCUGUGUGAUGGUGUAAAGUGGACAGCAUCCUCGUCUGGUGUGUUCACAGUGGCAUCUGUGAGAUCUUGGCUGCAGAAAAAAUCUGGAACUAGCUUACAGGUUCCUAAGAUGCUUUGGAAUAAUCUGGCACCACCUAAAGCCCAAUUCUUGUGUUGGCUGGCUUGGAGAGGAUGGGUAAAGUCUGCAGUUGUUCUGAAAAGAUUAGGGGUGUUAGGGGGUAAUGCAAAUGUUGCCUGCCCUUUCUGUUAUGCAGCAGAAGAGUCAGUAGAUCAUCUGUUUGUGCAGUGUCCUGAAAUAUGGAAGGUUUGGGGAAGGUUGCUGCAGUGGUGGAAUUUAUACUGGGUCUCUCCUGCUACAGUGGAAGGAGUUCUUUCUUGGUGGUUGGGAACUAAGCAUAGGAAACUAGUUAAAAAAAUCUGGGUGAUGGUUCCAGUGGCAAUGUUGUGGUCAACAUGGAGGCUUAGGAAUGAGAUUGUGUUCAAGGGUCAUAUACCAGAUAUGUUGGAGCUGGGUGAGUUAGUAAAAGUGAGGGUGGGGUUGUGGGUUCGAGCUUCAUUGCCUUCUGUCCAUUACUCAGUGCAUCACAUAGUGGAGAACCUGAGUCAGAUGUUGCAUUUUACUUCAAUGUUCAAUGCUGUUAUGCAUCUGAGAUAUGCAUCUGCUGCUACUGUUUGCUCUUGA